AUGGUCGGAAAUACCCUUUCAAAGGGUAAAAGAAGAAAAAGAAAAUUCUUCUCCUGUUCUGAAUGUCGGCGGAUGAAGAUUAAGUGCGAUCGGAAAUUGCCAUGUUCACACUGUCUCAAAGCAAAAUUAAAGUGUGAAUACCUUCACCGCAGAAAGCAGGAUGAAGAAGGAAGAUUGAGUUUGGCUAAGAAUGCAGAAAACGCCAGCGAUAAAACUGAAUUGCCAAUUUCAGUGCUACCCGCUCAUCUUAUCGAUAAGCGGGUAAGUGUCUUGGAAGAGAAGUUUGAAACGCUUGCCUCACAACUGAAGGGAGAUUGCUUUUCUAAAAGAAAAAGUGGAGACCAGCUGGCAUUUCUUGACUGGAAACUUCCAUAUUUGAAGUGUUACAUGCUGGGGGCAAAGCCCUCCAGAACCAUAUUUAUGGGUCCGCUAUCCAGAUAUUGUUUACUCUCGAGGCCUUUGUUUAAAUACAUGAUGAUAAGCAUGAAGGAUCUACUGGACAUGGAAAGAAGGGAGUACAAGAAAAAUCACAAUGUUUCUAUUCAUCUUCACCUUUUACCUGAUGGAACGCAAGAAGAUGCACUAGUCGCCGAUAUUCAAAGAUUAAUAUGUGUGAACUAUUACGCAUUCCAAGAGCGCUUAAUUUUCUUUCAAAAUCAUCUCAACAACCUUUUGUACUCUGGAUUUAUCCCAAUGGAUACGGUUCAUUCCUUAUUUAUGACAAGAUUUCAUGAUCCGGAUAAUGAUGGAAAAGCUCACUUUUUACAGCCAAGAAAGCCAUAUCUUUAUGUUGAUGUUGCUGUGGUAGUGUCAAUUGUAUACCUUGUCAUCGUGUUUACUAGGUAUAAUUCAUUUAAUGAAAGCUUUCGUUGUAAGCCAGUUUUCAAGGAAGGGGAGCUCAGUACACUAGCAUUCCGCUGUUUGAAUAUCUCUGAUUUCAGAAGGAAGAAAACGCAGCUUGCUUUGAUUUCGUUACUUGUCUUGCGAAGUGCAUUAUUUGUUCAUGAUAACUUUGAAGGAGCCUCGGAAGAUAUGAAUUCUUAUCCAGUUUAUCAGCUCUCCCUUGACAUGUGUUAUCAGAUGGGAUUGCAUCUUGAUCCAAAGAUUAUUAGUGUCUAUAUGUUUAAGGAAAAGCUGGAGAUGAAAAGACGAACAAUGAAAACUGAGAAGGUGUUUUCGUUGUGGAACUACAUGCUUGAAGAGGAUGCCAUCUACUCAUCAGUAAUUGGCUGUCCAUUACUCAUUAAUUCAAAGUUCUGUUCCGGCUUUCGUAAGAACUCAAAUUUCUUCUUCGACAAUAAAAGAGAGCAUGAGGUAAACCUUCUCAGAAAAAUAGAUGAAACUAUUAAUUCGUUGCAACUGAUUUCAUUGAAUAACCUUCUUGAACUCGUCAAUGAGGUUUUGCUCUUUUGUUACGAUCUACCUUCAUCUAUGUUUGAGGUAGCAAAUAGCAGUUUUUCGGAUCUCGACCAGCUCGCGUGUCUUUGCCGAAUUAAGCUCACUUUCAUGCAAAUACUUCAAUGCUUAUCUAAGUCUGUGAUAAUGGGUAUCAGCAAUUCCUAUGAGAAGAAUCAUAAUGCGAUCAAUAAUCCAAAAACAAUGGAAAUAUUAACGAAUAUUUCUCACGAAAUGUAUAGAAUCUGUCUACUUGCUGCUGUUAGUACAAUGCUGCAAAUUGAGCAAAUUUGUAACGGUGAAAGUGUUUUUGGAAAAGAGCCCGAUGGAAUAUACAUUGUGUAUUUUAGGGAUAUUUUUACACGGUCUAUGACCCAAUCAAGUGUUAUCUGGUAUUCGUAUGUCCUUGCAAAAGUUUCUGGUUCUUCGGAAAUUAUAACCGAGCACAAGGAUGAUCCAUUUUAUCUUGAUUCAAAGGAGAACGGCUCCGAGAAAACAGUCGAUUUCACUUUAGAAAAUGCCGAGAAUGCACUGUUCCAUAAAUUCAAGGGCAUAAAUGGUGAACAACUUCAAUGCUUUUAUGAGCAAUCCAUAUCUAUUCCAGAGAUGAUUAUAUUUUUAUCGAAAUUUUAUUCCGCAGCCUGCAAGCAUCAUAGCAUCAAAAAUAGUAUGGAUUCUUUCUUAACUCUCAAAAGUGUUAUCAAUCUAGUCUGUACAUUGGAGAUCAUCCAAGAAUAUAAAGAAAAGGUGGAAACAAAGGAAAUGAAGUUUUCCGAUAUAAUGACUAUGGCAAAGGAAAGGAUCGAAAAUAGCUUUACCUUAGGAAGGUUGGAGGAUAACGUCGCCUUAAAUAGGAAUGAUGAUGUUCAAAUGGAAAAAAUCUUUGACUCCUUAUUUGUAAAUAAGGAUUGGGACAUUCCAUCCGAAUUUGAAGUUCAAGAUAAUUCAAUAUUGGAACAACAUGUAGCCAUAGAUGGCGGAGCAUUCGUUCAAGAGCAUGACUAUGAGUUCAAUGACCGUCAAUGCUAUCUAAAUGAUUUCAGUCAUGAAUCAAAUUAG